AUGACGCGUCGCUCGGUGCCGUUGGCAGCCGUGCGCCGCCGCCCUCGCCAAGUGUCUGCCACUGAUCAGGCAAGCGAAGCGAGGGAGACUGAUCGCCAGACCCACAACCAGACACAGUCCGGCACUACCACCUUUGUGGCAACACCCCGCACACGUUACAGCUUUGUCCCCGUAUAUCUGUUGGUUGCAGCUGCUGCCAUUGCUGUACAUCUGCCCUCCCUCCAAGGCGACUUUGUCUUUGAUGAUGCGCGUGGGGUGGUGGCCAACCCCGACGUCCGUCUCGACACAUCUUGGUCCGAUCUCUGGGCUCAUGACUUCUGGGGAACUCCCAUGACGGCAGCGCGCAGUCACAAGUCCUACCGGCCCUUGACCGUUGCCACCUUCAAGUUGAACAAUCUUUUAGCGGGCAUGGCCCCGGCCGGCUUUCACUGGGGCAAUGUACUGCUGCACACAGUGGCAAGUCUCAUGAUGGCCCGACUGGCAUGGCAUCUGUUUGACCGUGAUCGCCUUCCGGCCGCUGUCACUGCCCUCCUCUUUGCAGUGCACCCCAUCCACACGGAAGCAGUGUGCAAUAUCGUGGGUCGCGCUGAAAUUCUGGCCGGCAUUCUCUAUCUCACGGCAUUGCUGGUCGUACUCAACAAGACUUGGUCCUGGCCCCUUCAAGUUCUCUGCGUGGCUCUCUGUGCCAUUUGCUCUAUGCUAGCCAAGGAACAAGGCAUCACAGCGCUUGGCACGGCGGCUGCCCUGGCCAUCUGCCUUCAGGCCAAUUGGACUACGGAAGGCUCGCCGCUCGGAUUGCUGCUCAAAUCUAUGCUUCAGCAGCGGGUGCGCAAUCUCGUCGUCAGCCUUGCUGCCAUUGGUGUUUUGAGCUUGCUUGUGCGUGUACAACUGAACGCCCAGCAGGCUCCCAUCUUCAAUGCCAAUGAAGUACCCGCCGCCUUUGCCACCGGCUUUACAAAGUGGGCCACCAUGAACUACUACAUCGUGGUUAACCUUCAGCUCCUAGUCCUGCCGUUGAACUUAUGUCAUGAUUGGUCCCACGAAACAAUACCGCUCCUCGAGUCACCGCUGGACCCCCGGUUUGGCGCAUUGAUGCUGGUUUAUGGGGUGGCAAUCGUGGGAGUUCUUUGGCUCCUGCUACGGCCGUGGUCUGCCAUUUCAUGCAAUCAGGAGCAGCAGUUGCAAAAGCGCCGCCUGCACAUGGUGACCCUCUUGGGCCUUGCCGCGCUUGUCCUUCCUUUUCUGCCCGCGUCCAACCUCUUCUUUCCUGUGGGCUUUGUAAUCGCCGAGCGGGUUCUCUACCUGCCCAGCAUUGGCCUUUGCCUCUUGGCAGGCGUGGCUGCACGAUGGCUGUCAACGCGCUUGGGCCCGCGCGGUAUCCUCUUGCUAGCUAGCCUCGUCUUCUUGGCCAUGGCGGCUCAGUCUGUUCAACGAAGCUUUGACUGGCAAACCGACUACAGCUUGCACCUUGCGGGACAUCGAACGCAUCCCGCCAACAGCAAGAUUGCGAUCAACCUGGGUCAGCUCAUGUCUCAGGCGGCUCAACAAGAAACAAAUGUGACCCGUCGUGCUGAACUGUUGGAUGAGGCCGAACGCCUCUUUCGCGAUCGGUUGUCAGCCAGCGCCUCAGACGCUUCAGCGCACCUGAAUCUUGGCACGCUCUUGCAGAAUCGUGGCCAGUAUGAAGAAGCUCUUCAAGUGCUCACGCAAGGCCUCGAGAAAAAAGAUUCAACCAGAACCUCGCUUCGCAUUGUGACGGCUAUUGCUACCCUCUACUACCAGCAGCAAGACUACGCGCAAGCCAAGCCUUAUUUCGAGCUUGCAAUGCAGGUAGGUUUAGGCAAGGUGUUUUCAAGCCGUCGUGCUUCCACCACCCGCUGA